AUGGCGCCACAAGACUCCUUCUUCGACGAGGAGGUCGAUACCUGUCCUCUUUGUAUCGAAGAGUUCGACCUGUCCGAUCGAAGUUUCCGGCCAUGCCCCUGUGGAUAUCAGGUCUGCCAGUUUUGUUUCAACAAUAUCAAGAACAACAUGAACGGGCUUUGUCCAGCGUGUCGACGGCCAUAUGACGAGAAGACAAUCGAAUGGAAGGUUGUCACAUCGGAAGAGGUCGCCGAAUUCAGAGCCAACAUUCAAAAGAACCAGAAGAAGCGCGCGACUGAGCAACGGCAAAAGGAAGUGCAAAAACGCGAAGCGGAAAAGGAGAACCGCAAAAAUCUGGUCGGCGUCCGCGUCGUACAGAAGAACCUGGUGUACAUCACCGGGCUGGCACCGACUGUCCGAGAAGACGAACUACUCAAGACUCUGAGGAAGCCCGAGUUCUUUGGCCAGUACGGCAACAUCCAAAAAAUCUCCAUCAGCAAUCGAAAGAGCCCGGAUGGCCAGCCCCAGUCUCUCGGCAUCUACGUUACAUUCGAGAGGCCCGAUGAAGCCACCCGCUGUAUACAAGCCGUGCACGGCUCACUCAACGGCGAUCGGUAUCUCAAAGCUCAAUACGGCACCACGAAGUACUGUUCAGCCUGGUUGAAAAACGAAAAGUGCAACAACCCAGGCUGCAUGUUCCUACACGAGCAAGGCGACGAGGAGGAUAGUUACACUCGUCAAGACCUUUCUUCGAUGAACAGCAUCGCCACCCAAAGACCCUUACCCAGCGGAAGCGUCGGUUCAUCGUCGCGGGCAGCCUCCCGAGCGCAGGUCUCACAUCCGACACCGCCGCCUGCGUCCCAGUCCAUGGCCCGAUCCGCCAGCAAGGAGGGCUCCGACACUGGCGGAGCCGUCGAUUCUUCUGCGCUGCCUUCGACAGCUAGCUGGGCUAGGAAUCCCCAGCGCAGUCGCCGUGGCAGUCAUGCCACGAGUGGUGCUGCUCCCAGUCCUGCGAUAACAUCUGCAGUGCCAGCCGGUGCCGCAACAAGCAAGCCCGAAGAAGCCGUCGUCGAGGACUCUGCGCCACCGUCGCAAUCGGGUUCACAACGGGAACCAUCUGCGGGACCCGCGACGAGCUCGAGCAACGAAUCGGAACAGCCACCUAGCGAGGACGUUUACCAACGAUAUCCCGAAGGGGCCGUUAGAGCACUUCUCAAGACCUUGGCGAGCUGGACGAUGCCCAGCUUUCCCGAGCCAGACCCGACGUUUCCACCCCUUUUCGACGUUCGUGGUGGCGAGAGGCGUCGCGCCAUGCGGGAGGAUGAAGCCGCCAUGUCCUCAGAGCAGAUUGACGAGUCGGAGGUGCAGGAAGCUUCGGAAGAUGAGCCCGAGACUGGCGGUAGCCUCGCGCUUGGCGGUGAACCCGAGGAGAGAGAGCCUGACACCAAAACCCAUGCGUAUGACCAUCACCGAACACAGGCACAACCACCCAUCCAGCGCACCCACGGCGAUGGUCUGUUUGGCCCGGCCCUGGGCACUCCGCAGCCCGGUCGCUCCAUGACACCACAACAGCUGUUUUCCAUGAGGAGCCAAGCCGGAUUUGGUGACCAACCGCCCCCUGGCAUGUCUUUCCAAGGGCAAGGCCACAAUCGGCAAUCAUCCAGGUUCAGCUUUGCGAACGAGGGUGGCAACUCGUCGACAAAUGUCAAACUGGCGGCUAACCCACGCAUCAUGGCUCAACAGUCUUCCAUGAUGCCAAAUUCGUCGUAUCAGGCUCAGGGCGGUAAUCAUUUCUACGGUUCUUCUUCUUCCAUGCCCGGUCCGCCCCCAGGACUCAAAUCGACAAGCACCCCCCCCAACAUGUUUGGACAGGGAUUCGGCGGAGGCGCUGGGUUUGGCGGUGCGCCAAAGGACUCGUCCAACGAGCUCCUACAGAGCCUGAUCGGGCGCAGUCGUGGAGGAGCUAACGAUGCCGCAAAGCCCCCUGCACCCGGUCUGCUGGGAUCACUCUACGGCAAUCCGCCCGGAGCCUACCAAGACUAUGGGUCCAAGCAGCAGAAGAAGAAGGGAAAGAAGCACAGACACGCUAACACUUCCUCCUCUGGGGGAGGUGGCUUAGUUGAUCUUGCGGACCCAAGUAUCCUUCAGGCAAGGAUGCAGCAGCAUCAGUCUCAAAGCAAUGCGGGUGCCGGGCCUGGGCUAUUUGGAGGUCAGAGUCAAGACGAUGAGUUGCCAUCCUUGGACGAAGCCUCACAUUCUGUCGAUGCUCUUGUGUCGGACGAUACCUUUGACCGUCUCAUACAGGGCAGCAGAAGAGGGACACCCGUGUUGACAGCACCACCGGGCUUUGAUAUGAGGCCUGAUGACUCGAGGCUGAGCUCGGCUGCCGCCAGUCCUCUGCCAAAGGGACCGCCUCCAGGACUUUCAUCUAUCGUGUCGACGCCUGAGCAGGCGAGACAGAAACCCGUGACGGCCGCACCGGUGGAGGCCAAGAAAAACAUAAGGAGCCUUGCUGCCGACAGUGGGUUGUCCAAAGCAAUCAAAACCCAGGCCCAGCCCGAACUGUCAAAGGGAGCUUUGCAGGAAGAGGACUUCCCUGCGCUGAACGCACCCAAGACCACGCCAUCCAAGCCGCUUCCCCCUCAGACUUCAGCUUCUGCGGUCUCUACACCCAAGGGCACCCCGAUUCCGAAGAAGGCGAAGCCAGCCAGCAAGGAGACAGAAAAUCACGAGAAGCCUACUAGCCUUCCCCAGGCGAAGCUCUCCGACAAGAAGCAGAAGGCGGACGUGAAGUCUGAAGUGCGUGACACCAAGACGGCGGACACAAAAGCUGCCAAGGCUGCCAAGGAGGUGCCCACUCCUGAACAGAAGGACGAUGCUGCAUUCCCAUCUCUCCCCAGCUCGAGUGCAAUAGCUCAGGCUGCAAAGGCUGGCCCCAAGACCCUCCGCCUGCUUUCGACCCCAAAGAGCGAGGCGCCCCCUGCAGUGCCAACCGUGUCUGUUGUUCCCAGGGUACUUUCGCACGUUCGUCCGGAGACGCCAACGAGUGAGAUGGUAAGCGAUACCGCCAGCAUGGUGUCGGCAUCUGUAUCUGCCUCCCGUGCUGGCUCUCCUCCGCCCAGCAACCGGGUGGGCUCCGCUGCUGUCCGGUCGAGCACCAAGAGCCAGCAGCGUAAGCAACGAAAGGAAGCGCUCAAACAAGACGUUGCGCAUGUGGUCGACGCGCCGAAGCCGGUCGCGGAAGUCCAAGCGCCGAUCAUGGGGCGCAUGAAGAAGCAAAAGAAGGAAAAGCCAGCCAAGCCAAGUAAAGCCAAGGCAGCUGAGCCAACGCCUACCCCGGAGAAGAAGGCGCCAAGGGCACCAGUGGAGGAACCAGCCAAACAAUCGCCAUCACCAGUCAAGGCACCUCAGUCCAAGGGCACAGAGGUGCGAGUGGAGAAGAAGGUCGAAACCCCUCCGCCUAUCGUGGAGCAGCAGGCCGUCGUUGAAGAUGUGCAGGAAGAGGAAAAAGACUACGGCCCCGCCGCCGUAUUUCAGGAUAUCAAGGACAUCCUGUGGGCCUCUGUUGCGGAGAAGCUGCACAUGCUCAACACGGUGUCCUCCAGUGGUCCUCGCAGCAACAAGGAGCCUGCGGUCAACACGGGCAAGGAGCUCACGACGCCCUCCUGCAAGGACAGCGUUUGCAAGUGUGGAGAGAUUCAGGCGGCCGACCUGGCGACUCUGCGGUCAGGCAAACCCGUGCGCAAGCACUUUCACUACGAUGGCAUCCGCAUGCUGAUCACACCCAAUGGUGAUUGCGUGCGCGGGUUGUCGGAGGAAGAAGAGGACGAGUUUUUGGCACUGCAGGACGCCAUUGCCGCUGGAGCUGACCACCCGGGAUCGUUCGUAUUUCAACGUCAUCAGCCUGGCAACGGCGCGUUCUCCCUUAUCAAGGGACGUGCCGUGCCAAAUGGCCGACCAAACAUCUUUCCAGCCACAAGCCGGUCCCUGGCCCACCCUCAAUCGCUGGACCCCAUCGGCAAGCUGCAGCGUGAAGAUGCUCUGAGCUACAUCAACCAGUACGUGCUGCCCAAGCUUGACUUUGGCGUCAGGACAGAUGGGAUGCCCAAGAGGGCCACCGUCCGCCAAGACGCUGCUGCCGCGAGCCUGAACUCCCUGGCACCCUACUUUUACGGCCCCGAUGCGGCUGCCGGCGUGGGUAUCUACAGCGCCACGGACGGCAAAGACUUUACUCCCGCCUCUGGCUCAGCCUUUGGCCAGCUCGAGGACGGGGGUCCACGGGGCCCUGGCGGCCCUGGCGUCAGCGGCAUGCCCUUGAUGAGUGUCGAGGACGCCGAGGCAGCGCUCAGCUCCGCACGCAAGGAGACAGACAAAUUGGAGAAGAAGCUCAACAACCUUAUCAAGUCGAACCGCAGGGUUCUGCUGGGAGGGGCACGAUGA